AUGAAUGUGUCUACGCACAGCCAGCAACAAAGGAAUCGUCGUUAUCUUAUCUUGUUCUUUUAAUAUUGUCACUGUUUUUUUUUUUUUUUAAAUGUUUUUGUAUUCCUUUUGUUGAAAACCCAUAAAGCAAAGCUCGGAAAGGUGCCUUCAAAAUAGAACUUUGAUUUGGUUGUAACGAAUAAGAGAGGGAAAUUUGAUUUGAUGUGAUGGGGGAUUUGGAGAAGGAAGAGAGGGUGGAGGAAGAGAAGGAGAGGUUGCUGGAGGGUGUUGCUGUUUUGGACUUUGAAAAGCUUUGUUCCACUGUGGCUUUGCAAGCUUCGCAUGGGAAAUGGGGGAAGCUUGGAGUUGGGGAGGAAGAUGGGGAGAGUGGAGAAUUUGGUGGUGUGUUGAGGAUGUGGGAGGGUGAAGUCCUUGAUUGCUUUGAUGAUCGUCGUAUCGCUCUUGAAUCUGCAUGCUGUCCUUGUUACCGAUUUGGGAAGAACAUGAAGAGAGCUGGUUUUGGUUCUUGUUACAAGCAGGCAGCAGUUUAUUUUCUUCUUGCUAUUGGUGCCUUUCUUAACUUCGUUGCCUUUGCUGGGACGAGACGUCACUGCUUUCUAUACCUGGCAGUUGCCUUCAUUGUUUCUAUUGGAGCAUAUGUGGGAUUCUUCAGGACACGUAUAAGACACAAAUUCAACAUCAAGGGUGGUGAUAGUUCCUUGGACGACUGUUUUUACCAUUUUGCCUGUCCUUGUUGUACAUUAUGUCAGGAGUCUAGAACGCUGGAGAUGAACAAUGUUCAAGAUGGCACUUGGCAUGGUCGUGGUGACAAAAUAUGCAUAGGUGGCACUGGUGAAAAACGUAAAGCAUUCUUUGAGUUACGUCCACCUCCUCUGGUCUCCAUCAAGUCUUCUGAUCAAAGUUGCAUAGAAACCAAAACAAAUAUCAGCAACCCAUCUUAAAUUCAGUAGCAAGCAAACAAGAGAAAUACUAACAACACACUCUUUUAAUACAUUUUUUUAUUUUUGGCAAAAAUUUAUUAAAAAUAUAUAAAAAUACAAAUCCCACUUUUAAAACAAUAUUUCUUACUCAUCUUGUCAUAACUUUUAAUAAAUGUUAACUAAUAAUAAAUAAUGUGUUAAUAAGAGUGUGUUUCUAGCAUUGCUCUUAAUUUGCUCAUGUACAUAAUAGUUUUAUUAGUUUUACGAUGGUACAAUGCCAUCUUCAUGCGGUACAUAUGUUCAAUAGAUGAGUAUUUAUGAAGUUGCUUGAAAGGCUCUGUUCUCACUGAAUUUGGAGACUGACAACACUCUUCAUGUUAAGUUUGUUGGGUUCAGUUAUGCGUUUCUUGCUUCCAAUCCAAAAUGUUGUACAUCUCAGUUUAUCAAUAACUAUGAUGAUUUGUGACUUUUGCAGUAUUUAUUAAUACGAACUUUCUAUGAGUAAAUUCAGC